AAUGCCGGUGACAGACGUGCUAAGAACUCUUAUUUUCUAAUCUGUGACUAUCUAUUUAUGAAUUGUGAUUUGUCGCACAAUUCUAAUUUUAUUUAACUUCAUCCUGAUAUAGAGUCAUUUUUAAUAUCUUCCGUAAUUAUAAAUUAUAAACCAACACACUUGUAAUCAGUAGGUAAUUAGUUUCUUCCUGUAUCAUUUUCUUGUUGGACUUAUUUUUGGUAAUUCAUGCUGCGAUGAAACGUCAAAUUUUUCAGUGGUUUGUUGAAGUUGCCAAUGAAAGAGAAAUCGUGCAGUUGUGAAAAGUUAAAGUGUACGUUCUGUUGAAAAUCAAUGGUAAUAAAAACAUUUUGUGCUCUUAAAAUAAUAAUACAAGAAAGUGAGGAGACGUUUCUGAACAAAGAAAUCCUGUUGGAUGAUUUAGCGAUUACAAACGAAGUAGUCGGUAGGGAGCCAGGUGAACUGAGAUGAGCACGCCACCGCCGGUGCAGGUGGAGGUGGAGGUCGGCGACGAGUCCAUGGAAGACGACGCGCCCGAGAUGAUACCGGCUGACAGGUACACAUUGCCAGCGCGAGGCGACGCGAUAGUGGAACUAUGGCGGACCAAGAUGGCCGAAGGGGUGCUAUCGCCGACACACUUCCAAGAUCACUGGCGUAUCACAGUGCCGAGGAUAUACUCGCCGCAGCCGAACAGAACAUGUUUAGACUGGUCGUUCGACGAGGAACUAGCGUCCAAACUGCUCAUACAACCCUUGGAGCAGUUCGUGUGGGGCGCGCUGGAGAGCAGCCGGCCGCCGCCGCCGCGCCGCCCCGCGCUCUGCGGGAAGGUGUUCAAGCAGGGCGAGCCCGCGUACAGCUGCAGGGAGUGCGGUAUGGACAACACGUGCGUGCUAUGCGUCGAGUGUUUCAAAGUGUCCGCGCACCGACACCACAAGUACAAGAUGGGCCAGUCUGGUGGCGGUGGAUGCUGUGACUGCGGCGAUACAGAAGCCUGGAAACGAGAUCCCUUCUGCGAGCUGCACGCGGCUCCAGACGACAAAGAGGAAACGGCGAGCGUGAGCCCGGAAGUGUUGGAGCGUAUGAAGAUCGUCGCGUCCGUCUGUCUGUCGUACUGCUUCAGGCUGCUCACGCUUGACCACGCGCCCGGCUUGCCUAAUGAUCUCAGAUUAAAGGACGCAGAACGCGAUCUCCUACAGAUACUAGACCAGCCGGAUUGUUAUUGUACAGUGCUUUACAAUGACGAAACGCACACCUUCGAACAGGUGAUAACAACACUAAUGCGCGUGAUGAAGUGCAACCACCGCGACUCUGUGGAACUCGUGAGUCUCAUAGACAGGGAGGGGCGGGCGCUUGUCAAGUGCAACUCGUUCCAAGUGUGCGAUAAACUGAAGACGGAUAUUGAGAUCCGGUGCGCGAUGUUCGAAAGGUUCACGUCGCGGCACGGGCCCGAGCUGCGGGUGCUCGUCAUGCACGCGCACGUCGUCGCGCACCAGAUGUUCGCCAUGAAGCUGCUUACGUGGCUCCAAAACUUCGUGAGCCAAGAGCAGAGUCUGCGCCUGGCGGUGAGCCAAGUGGCCCUGGGGAUAGACUCCACCCCCGGGGGGGCCGGCCCGGGGGGCGUGGCCGCGGGGGUCAUGCAGAACGACUGCCGCAUGUGGAAAGCCGCCAGAACUGCCUGGCACCGGCUGCUCAUUGCCACCACGAUGAUGGACUACUCCACGAAGCGGACCAUGGCGAUACUGUUUACGAAGAAUUAUGGCUCGAUCCUCAAGGACUUCAUCCGCGACGACCACGACCACUCGUUCUCGAUAUCGUCCAUGUCGGUCCAACUGUACACGACCGCGUCGUUCGCACAUCACUUGAUAGCGAAACAUGACGCGCUGUUCGUGGUCAUGAACACGUUUGUGAGCGAGUGUGUGAGGCGGUGUAAUGCUGAGGGUCGUCUAGAAUUCGAACGCAACCACUUAUCCAUGGCGUUCAAACGCGCACAGUUCAUACUGUACGACGUCAAGUAUCUACUCGCUUCGGUACCGACGUCGUUUGACGAUGAUUUGCGCAAGGGCUUCCUGCAUGGACUGUCGUUGUUGUUAAAUCUACUCGUCAUGAUGCAGGAUAUGGACUCUGUUGUUAGACAGGUCGGUCAGCACAUGGAGUACGAGCCGGAGUGGGAGUCCGCGUUCAACCUGCACGUGAAGCUGGCGCACAGCAUCACGCUCGCGCUGGAGUGGUGCAGCGCGGAGCGGGCGCUGUGCGCGUCCGCCUACCGCAUGGCGCUCCGACGGCACGCCGACACCUGCAAGCAGCCGGAGCCCAGGCUCACCGAACUAGGCAAUCAGAGCGCCUCAGUGAUCCCGUACGACGUGUCAAAAGAACCAGUAUCAGUGCACAGGCCGCUAUCCCGCUUUAUAGCCGGCCUGCACUUACACUUACACGCACACGGACUUGCGUACCACAGCCGCGAGUUCGAUAGACAGGAUAGACCGAAGCCCACGCCCGAGGAGCUUAUUGAGCCAGUUUUACGCACAGCGGCCAUGAUAGCGCAAGUACACGCGGGCAUGUGGCGCCGCAACGGCUUCGCGCUUCUCAACCAAUUGUACUUCUACCACAAUGUUAAAUGUCGCGCAGAGAUGUUGGACAGGGAUGUUGUUAUGUUGCAGAUUGGCGCCUCGCUAAUAGAAAGCAACGAAUUCAUAAUCCACGUGCUUAACAAGUUCAACCUGCUUGAAUGGGCGAGUGCCGAGUUCGAAUCCCGGACAGUGGAAGAUGAUACCCUGCGGCACACCAUCAGCAUGGUGGAGGAGUUCCUGGGCCUGCUUAUAACUAUCGUGGGUUCCCGCUAUGUGCCCGGUGUGGGAGAGGUCACAAAUGAAGACAGGACAAAGAAGGAGAUCAUUCAGAUGCUCUGCGUCAAACCGAUGCCGCAUUCGGAGCUUAACAGAUCGCUCCCAGAAGACCAACUACACGAGACAGGACUCGAAGCGGUGAUCCACGAGGUCGCGGACUUCACUAAACCCACCGGUGGUAAUAACCGCGGCGUGUACAAGCUGAAACCGCAUCUGUACGACGAGUACGAUGCGUUCUUCUACCACUACACGAGGGAGGAGCUGUCGAGGAGUGAGGAGGAGCAGAGGAAUAGGAGGAAGGCUGCUGGUCUCCCCGAAUGCUGUCCACCACCUCCUUUACCGAAGUUAACACCACCGUUCCGUCUACUUGCGAAUCUGCUACAAUGUGAUGGCGCAUUGCAUGUGCUGCGUUGUGUGCUAGAGAGGGCACUAGAUCUGCGAGCAAGAUCGUUUUCUGAGCCGCAAGUGCAUAAGGCACUACAUCUAAUCGGCUACGCGCUCCGCGACGAAGAGAGCGGCCACUACGAGUUCCUGGCGUUUGCGGAAAGUGCAGCACGUGCUGGACUCGUGGAACUGCUGCAGAAGUUGGCUACGAGUCCCAGGGUGGAUGCUCAUAGGGCAUUGGCCAACUGGUUAUUGGCUAAGAUCAGAUCACUUCUGGGUCAAACCGACGAAAUGGGAGAUGGUGACAAAAUGGAAGUUGAACAAGACGAUAAACCCGCUGAUGAGACAGCCGAAAAAGAGAAGGCACGUCGCGCUAAACUAGCGGCCGAGAGACGCGCGAAAUUAAUGGCUCAAAUGCAGGCGCAGAUGAACAAAUUUAUCACCAACAACGCGACGCUUUUCGAAGAAACCACCACUGAGGCGACAGAAGAGGAGCAGAAGCAAGACUUGGCGUGUUUGUACCGCGGUGCUGCGCUUGGAGUGUGGGGGGGCGGGGGGAGCGACCCGCCGCGUGUGUGCAUCAUGUGUCAGGAACAGGGGCGCGUCGAAGCGAUGUCGGAACCGCUAGUGCUAGUAGCGUUCGUGCAACAGUCUCGCGUGCUAUCCCGUUCUCCCCCCGCCCCUCUCCCCGGAGCUAUAGGUCCUGGGGGCGUGGCCACAGCUACAGGGGGCGGGGCUACAAUCAUGGGGGGCGGGGCGUCGGGUGAAGGGCCAGUGGUCGCAGCAGACGCGUCACUCCCGGCUGAGCUGCCGGCACAGCCGCACGUGUCGUGCUGCGGGCACGCGCUGCACGCGCGCUGCUGGAAGAAGUAUGUCGAUGGAGUGCUAGAUAAGGAGAAGUUGAGACCUUACCGCAUCCGACAACCAGCAGCGUUCGACGUAGAGAAGAAGGAGUACCUCUGCCCAUUAUGUGAAAGACUCUGCAAUACAGCGUUACCCCUCUUACCUUCACCCCCCCUCCCACCGGCCGCCCCACCACCCCUCGCUGAUGAGACCUUCGCUGAUGCUGCCAAACUUAUACUGAAAUUGAAACAUCAGGUGUGCUCCGCCUCCGUGCACUUAUGCACCGAGUACUGUGAAGAAAUGCACUGCCGUGCGCGUGCACGUAGUGUUGGUGCACUUUCCUCCGAGCCCGAAGACGAAAGUGCAGACGAGGCAGAAGUGUAUGUGUCUACACACGCUGAGACACUACUGCCUAAUCACUUCCUCGCGCACUUUGACACGGAGCUGCCGACGUAUGCGGAUACAUCGAAGCAGCUGGUGGAACACUUUGUGGCGAUGUUACCCGCCAUAAGCGGCAACUCAGAAUCAAGCGGUCUACACGCCCUCGCUGCCUUGUACAGAUCUACAUCCUACACAAUAAUGAGCACCAACGCGAUAUUACAAGCGGAGAGCCGGCCUCUCCUGGGCGACCUGCCCUCCCGGCACAGAGAUGCCCUACAAGCCCUCAUCCGAUUAGCUGCCGUCCUCCCAACAAUAUGGUCCUCACCUAAACAUAUCUCCCACCACGCACUUAGCACGCUAGGCACCCUAGAAAACACCUCCCCAGUUUCCCAUCACGUUUUCGGCACAUUAGUCGCGUUAGUGCUCACAGCUCCCUCCUUAUUCUGCAAAGCCGCGGGUCCGGCGAGACCGACACACUUAGCGAGGCAAAUCGCCCUACAGUCCUUUAGAGCGCAAAUAACUAGAGCCCUCAUGGUCAUAGAUGUCAACACUAGCGAGCCCAUGGAGGGCGCGGAACAAAUCAAACGGCCAGACUUACAAAACUUACUUCAACUUAUGAAGGAAUUGAGACGCGGCAACUUAGAUAUAGAGAAAGUGAAUGAAAAUGAAGUUUGGGAGAGUGUCAAGCAGCAGUGUCAUGACUUCCUCCGGUGUUGUUGCUUAUUCUUCCACUUUUUGAGUGAUAUCAACCCGCCUACAGAAUUAACCGUGGUUGGUGGGGACACUUGGGAAACGAUGUGCGGAUAUCUCGAUAUGCCAACAACAUUCAGGGAAUUAAUGGACACGCCCAUCGCGAGGAAAAAGGCGUUGGAAUGGUGUAGUUAUUCAGAUAGGUGGUUUAACGGGGAGAUACCUAAAACAGUGGCUUUGGAACCCAGCGAGCCGCCGAGGUUAAUAAACUUGCCGGAGGAUUUCUCGGAACUAAUGAAUAUUGUGUCUGAGUUCUCGUGUCCGAACUCAGAGCGGGAAGAUAGCAAGAACCCGACCAUGUGCCUCGUGUGCGGGCAGAUACUGUGCUCGCAGAGUUAUUGUUGCCAGAUUGAAAUGAAGAAGUCGGGCGGCCGCAGCGGGUCGGGCACGGAGCUGGUGGGCGCGGUGGUGGCGCACGCCACGUGGUGCGGCGCGGGCGCGGGCGUGUUCCUGCGCGUGCGCGACUGCGAGCUGCUGCUGCUGGCGGCGCCCUCGCCCGCGCGCGGCGCCCUGCUGCCCGCGCCCUACCUCGACUCGUACGGGGAGACCGACCAGGGCCUCCGCCGCGGCAAUCCCCUGCACCUAUGCCCGUCCCGCUACGAGAGCCUGCGCAUGACGUGGCUCGCGCAUUCCGUGCACGAGCGGAUCGCACGCGGACUCGACAGCAACAUGAUACUGACCAACACGUGGCAGAACAUGUGAACCAGGGGGACUCGUUACAUGCACUUGUAACGAUGUAUACCCCCCUGAAACAGAAGAAUAGAUGGAAAAAUGAUAUACCACCCCUACCUUGCAAAGAAUAAGAAGAUUUUAUGGAAAAACGUAAAUAUACAUCCGCUAAAAGCAAAAUGAAAAUAUUUGAUGGAAAAACUAUGUCCACCACCCUCUACUAACAAAAUGAAAAGAUUUAACGCGAUGUGCAAUCGACAAAAUUAAAAGAUUCGAUGGAAAAACAUGAAGAUUGAAAGAAUACGUCUGAAGUAUUCAGUACGUAUGCAGGGAAAAGAAGAAUUGUUGAAAAAUACGUGUGAUGCAUCUAUUUAAGGACGUUUAUAGCCAAACAAUGAAGAAUUUGUGUAAAAAUGUGUCAAUAUCUGUAAAAAGACGUUUAUACGAAAAGGAAAUACGAAUCCGGCUCGAAGGACCAUGUGUUCAUUGAGCUUCUAUUUGGCUAAAACGUCUGAUAAGGACUUUUGAUAAUAACUUGAACAUUUGUAUAGCUUUGUACGGCUUUUAACUACGAGAAAAUACUAGAAGUUUGAUCUGGAAUUAUCUGUGUUGUUGCGAUUAACGUAAUAUUUGUAAAUGAUCGUAAGAGAAUAAAGUUCGAAAGAAUGUUCUUUUGAAAGAAUAUUGUAUGUCAAAAAGAACGUGUUCAGUCGUGAAUUUAAAUAUAUACAAAUUGGAGUUAUGUUGUUUUAAGGCAACCAUAUAUAACUCGAAGAAUACUCGAACGUUCGUUUAAAAAAGUACCUGUGUCGAAAUGGCGCUGUGAAGCAGUAGUUAUUUUAAAGUUUCUCACAGUAGUUAUAUGUAAAUUCAUAGUUAUCUUCCGAUAUGUAUAUGCAUUAAAGGUACUAAUUUCUCUUCAUGAUAUUAUUGUAAAAUAAAAAUAAAAAACUUAUAAAUAUUUUAAUUUUACGAGUUUUCAAUGUGUCUCUAACAUAAAUAGUGACGCGCAAGUCGAGUGACGCCCGGUUCACGACAGUGUAUUCGAAACGUACAGGAAUCGUCCCGAAGCCGCGCGUUUUUUUUCGCGUGUUAAUAUUUAUGGUGAAUAAUUUAACACUAAUUUUCGCCGUGUGAUUUAAAGCAAAUAAGAAUUAGUCAUAGGUCGUGAAUAGUAUUAAAUUUUAGUUAAUUAAUCCCGGAUGUAAAUGGCGUGUGAAUGAACUUGUUAAUAUAAGAAUCUAUAGUAUUACCACGAGAAUGUUAUGCUUAAACAAUUUGUUGGACCGUUUGUUUCUUGGUACUACUGUAUAUUGUAUUUUAAGCUGUGGCUACACACGCGAACGAGCUUGUAUAACGUCCUGUUUAUGUGUGUAUUCACAGCUUUAGUUGUUACAAAUAUAGCGUUUUUUGAUCUAACUAGUGUUUGAAAUAAAUUGCUUAAUUUAAA